GUCCCUCGUUAAACUCAAACCUCGUCGUUAUCAAAAACCAUGCUAUUACUAACCCAGCUUCAAGAAUCGAGAAAUUUAACAAAAAUUCGAGAAAUUUAUUAAAGAUCGAAACUUUAUUGGAUUUGUUGCUGACCCUUUAAAUUUUGUAGCUGAAAGAUGGAUUUUCCUAUUAUUUCGCGGUCAUCAAAUCCAGUAACGACGGCGUUUUGUAGUUGUAGAGCUAGUAUUAGUGAUUUUCCAGCGAGUUUUAGGUCGCCGGUGAGGAGGAGAGGCCGGAGAAGUUGUAAAGUUGGGAGCUUAAAGAUGGUGGCUGAGAUGGGUGGUGAUGGGAUUGACGGUGGAGAUAGAAAGACUAGUGGUGGAGGAGGGUACACAAGUUCUGCUAUGGAGGUGACCACAUUCAAUCAGAGCUUCCCUGAUGCUGAGUUUCCUGUUUGGGAGAAGAUUGGAGCUGUUGUUCGACUCAGUUAUGGAAUCGGUAUAUACGCUGCGAUGGGUUUAGCUGGAAAGUUCUUAUGCUCCGUCACUGGAACUGACUGCACAGGAGGUUUUGAUUUAUCACUAGAUGCCAUAGUACAAGGACUUGGAUAUGCAUCUCCUCCCAUUAUGGCCCUUCUCUUUAUAAUGGAUGAUGAAGUUGUGAAGCUAUCACCCCAUGCUCGUGCCAUCAGGGAUGUUGAGGAUGAGGAGCUUCGGAACUUCUUUUAUGGCAUGUCACCAUGGCAGUUUGUACUCAUUGUUGCUGCAAGCUCUGUUGGUGAGGAGCUUUUUUACCGGGCUGCUGUACAGGGAGCAUUAGCUGACAUCUUUUUAAGGGGCACAGAUUUGAUGACAGAUGCUCGUGGAAUGGCAUCACUGACUGGUGUGCUGCCUCCAUUUGUCCCAUUUGCUCAAGCAUUUGCUGCUGUGACUACAGCUGCCCUUACUGGUUCUCUUUAUUAUGUGGCUGCCUCCCCUAAAGAUCCUACCUAUGUAGUCGCACCAGUUUUGCAAUCUCGUUCUGGGCGUCGAGAUCUUAAGAAGCUUUUUGCAGCUUGGUAUGAGAGGAGGCAAAUGAAAAAAAUAUACUCACCAUUGCUGGAAUCACUCCUAGCCCUUUAUCUCGGAUUUGAAUGGAUACAGACAAAUAAUAUUCUUGCUCCCAUUAUCACACAUGGCAUAUACUCUACUGUAAUACUCGGUCACGGCCUAUGGAAAAUUCAUGAUCACAAAAAGAGACUACGACACAGAAUUCAGAAGGUUAAACUCGAAGGAAAGCAAAGCAAAUUCUGAAGAAGCCAGAUAAUAAUGCUUUGACUGGAGAGUUGGCGAAACCUUUGUACAUCCUUUUUGGUUAGGAAACUGUAAAUGAGUAGGAGAGCAAUAUAUAACAGUGAUCAUGUUGUACUAUAGAUAUAUAACUAGAGUAUAUAAAUAUAUUUUGAAUAGUGUAUUAAUCAGCUCAAGUAAUUCGACAUGUAUACACGAAAUAUAUAACAGUUAUGGCCUUGUGCUACAUUCUGAACCAA